AAUUUCUGUGCCAGUUCACAUUGAGUGCCACCACCGUACAGAAGGUGUUCUCACGCGGGAAGGCAUGCUACUCUGUGUCUUAUGAUUAAAAGUUACAAAGUUAAUUCUACUAUUGGAAACUAGAGCAAUCUGCCAGCUUGGUGCUGUUGUUGGCGAUGGGUGCAAAACUUUUAUUAUGCUUGCUACUAGGUAACGGCAGCCGGCUAAUUACUUUAGCAUUGGCCUCGGAACCAUCCACGGAGCAGAACGCCAAGGAGGGAUGUCCCAAUUGCGUUUGUGGUGGUAGUGGUGGUGUAGGAUCUGAAGGGUUACGAGUGGUUGGUGGAAAUUACAGCCAAAUUGGAACGUACCCGUGGAUGGCGGCGCUUUUCCACCGAGAAACGUUUGUUUGUGGAGGCAGUUUGAUUAACGAUCGCUACAUUUUGACGGCGGCUCACUGUGUGGCUCGUACGAAUCCCAGAGAUUUGUUGGUGUUUCUCAAGAGACCCAACAUUCUUCAUGGUAAUCCGGAAAUGUUGCGGAGACAAAUUAUUGCUAUUAAGCUAAAUCGUUAUCAGGGUCUCCGAAAUAACAACGAUGUAGCGCUGUUAAGUUUGCAGGAACCAGUUCAAUUUGGGACGGAUUUGAUGCCGAUAUGUUUGCCGUCUGGGUCGGAUAGUUAUCAGGGGAAGGAGGCAAUGGUCAUCGGGUGGGGAGUAACGGCCAACGGGACGUUAUCCGAUGUACUGCAGGAGCUGAUGGUACCCAUCCUUUCGAACCAGGAGUGCAAACGAUCCGGUUAUUUUCGUUUCCAAAUCACCAGCCGGAUGCUGUGUGCCGGUUUCUUGGAAGGUGGAAAGGAUUCGUGUCAGGGUGACAGCGGUGGACCGCUCCAGCUGCCAAAUCCUGAAACCGGUCGCUACGAAAUUGUCGGCGUCGUAUCAUGGGGGAACGAGUGUGCCCAGCGCAAUUAUCCCGGAGUGUACGCUCGGGUGACCAAAUUCGUCGGGUGGCUCAGAGCCACCAGCCGGGAUGCUUGCUGGUGUCAGUAGCGGCUUCGUGACACCACCGCCCCGAGAUAACGACAAUCCACCGAAAGGUUAUUUUACAUACGCUUUAUCCGCUGACGUUCGCAGGAACCUAAGUUGCUGUUGGGAGGAGGAAGACUGACGGCAAUGGAAAAUUUUAUUUUUAUAUAAUACCAUGAUUCAUUGUACGAUCCGAUUUCAAUCUGUUUAAUGUUUCAAGUUCACCCAUAAUGACACAGGAAAAGGGAGAAAUACAAUUUUCAUUGCGUCUAUCACGAGCGUCUGCCGUUCGGAGAGAUUUUCAUUUUCCGUACCGUGUCGCUGUUAUGAAAUAAUUUGAAAUAACUUUAUUGCCACUGAAGGAGAGCAAGCAAAAGAGGUACUCUUUUCUACCGGAAAGUUCUUUCCGGGAAUAAUCAUCUUCGAGGUUCGUUACAGUCAUUCUGUUUUGUUACGCACAAACGGUUCGUUCGAAUCUUCUACUCCAUGGUACUUCCUAAUAUUCUCCUACAACCUAAUGCUUCUUGGGAUCAAUACGAGGACCCACCGUACGUGAAAUGUCACACAAAAAAAAGCGGAUAAAUUGUCACACCUACACGCAGUAGCAGCAUCAGUACCUCUGAUGGAGGAUAAUAAUUCUUCUGGCAAUAAAAACAACAUUUUUAUCGUGAUAUCUUUUAUCAAGAUUG